CUGGAGGAUGCAUUUGUUUCUGUAGAGAUCGAAUGUUAAUACUUUUGCACCUCAUUUCCCACUCUGAUUUAGGAUUAAAUUAUCUGUGAACAUGAUAGAAUAUUGUUGUUCAAAUUCUCGUUUGUUCUCUUCCGUUCAUCGAUGGCCCCAUUUAUCCUCACGUAGCGGUAAGCUGGUCAACCUGAUGCUGCAUUGGUCCGCUCUCGAAGGGUUCAUUCGAAGCAAUUCACACCCAAAGUCCUCAUGGAAGUCCACGAGGGAGCUCCGAUUCUAUAUACCUCGCAAGCGAGCAUGUUACGGGGGGUGGGGAAAGAGAUGAGUCAAGCGUCGUGCUUCAAGGCUUCGACCAUGGAGGCGGUGGUGGAGGAGCACAAGAGGGAGAAGGUAGUGACGCUAUUUGGCGUCAGGAUUCUGGGGACGGCCGAAGGGGAGGAGGAGGAGGUGAUGAGGAAAUGCUGGAGCAUGGGUUGCUUGGCCUCCUGCACGGUCGCAUCUCCCUGUGCCGCCCCCGGCACCGGCGGCAGCAGCCAGGCCUACGUCUCCGACAGCGGCCUGGACCAGUCUUUAAAGAGAGGGAGCAGGAGAGGCCAGGAAAGGAAGCGAGGAAUUCCCUGGACGGAGGAAGAGCACAGAACGUUUCUAGCUGGGUUGGAAAAGCUUGGGAAGGGGGACUGGAGAGGAAUCUCAAGGGAGUUUGUGACCAGUAGAACUCCAACCCAAGUAGCCAGCCACGCUCAGAAGUAUUUCCUUAGGAAGAACAAUCCCGGCAAAAGGAAGCGCAGGUCCAGCCUCUUCGAUGUGGUCACCUCUGAUCGAGUGGGGAUCUCGGGCAGCAGCACUGUGGGAGAUGAUCCAGAUCUCCUUGGAGUAUCUUCGUCAUACUCAAGCUGCCAACCUCUCUCUUCUGAUGCUCCUCUGUCAGAUGAACCCAGUGAUUUGGAGCUGAGGAUUUCACUUCCUGCGCCACACAGUCUGACUAAAUUAGCUACUCAGGGAGCAGCAGGUGCAAUAAGAGUGAUCUGAUCACGCAUGUAACAUCUGUUCAUCUUUGUAAGUGCCAUAUUCUGUAUAAUAAUAAAUGAAACGCUCAGAAGGUAGAUGGUGUCUUCCUGAAGCAAGGAGGCCUCGAGGAAUACCUUUGUGUCCCUCUCUGUAUCUUCCUCUACUUUGUUGUUCCCAUCUCAGUGACAUCAAGGAUAGAUGCUUGUGUAAUUCUGAACAUUGGGUCGUUUGGAGGUUGAGAUAAUAUUCACCGCAGAAAGUUGUGUGGCUCACUGGAAUUUGGUCUUCGUAGAUCCAGACAUGCAUGUUGAACAUUGAUUUGAAUGGUCUCCAGGUGAAGAUGAACCUUUCGAACAUCACGGUUGUGGAGAUGCACCCUGGAAACUGCACAGAGCUUGGUAGGUGCCAGUCUAAUGGUCAACAAUGCACUCGUCCAUGGAUGGGUGGAGGUCCGAGGUUCCUCAAUCUCACAAGUCAAGUUAAGACAGGUAUGAAGGGAAAAGGACUCAGGGAGGUAGUUUCUGAGAAAGUUGCAGAGACUGUAAUAAAGGAAAAUUGGAGUACCUAUAGCAUUUCGAUCUACAGACUAAACACAAUUUGUAGGGCAAUUUACC